GUGACUUAUCGAGAUCAGAGCCUGGAGGACGUCGGUCAUGGACGCUCCACGAAAGCUAAUCUAUUUGGACCACAACGCGACGACGCCUGUGGCGAAGGAGGUGGUGGACGCGCUCGUUCCUUGCUUGCAGUCCAACUUCGGCAAUCCAUCGUCGACACAUGAACUCGGUCGACGUGCCAAAGCGGCGCUGGACGUCGCGCGCGAACAAGUCGGGUGUCUCCUUGGCGCUUUACCUUCAUCGAUUGUGUUCCUGUCGGGAGGCACGGAGUCAAUCAACUACGUCCUCAAGGGGCUCGUGACGUCGCAACCGCAUCAGCGCCACAUUGUGACGUCGGUUGUUGAACAUGUUGCUGUGCUCGCCACGUGCCAAUACCUGGAAGAAGUUCAUGGAUUCGACAUCACGUAUGUUCCCGUAAACGACGAGGGGCUUGUGUCUGCUGACGCCGUCGCUGCUGCCGUGCGUCCGUCGACGUGCGUCGUGACCAUCAUGCACGCCAACAACGAGGUCGGGUCGAUCCAGCCCCUCGCUGCCAUCUCCGCGGCAGCGAGGGCACGCCAUGCCGCUCUGAUCAACGAACUCGCCGACAACCUCACGUACGAUCCAUUGCUGGUCCACACGGACGCGAGCCAGUCCGUCGGAAAGGUCCUCGUCCGUGUCGACGACCUCGGCGUCGAUUUUCUCACAGUUGCCGGCCACAAAUUGUACGCUCCCAAAGGCGUUGGCGCGCUGUACAUUCGUCCAGGCACGCGGCCGCUGGCGAAGCUCAUGCACGGGGCCGCCCACGAACACGGCCUUCGCGCAGGGACCGAGAACAUUCCAUACGCUGUAGCCCUUGGUAAAGCCUGCCAACUUGCUCAGCACGCCCUCGCGAACGGGCUGUCGCAACGGUUGCUCGCUCAUCGCGAGCAUCUCCUGGCAAAGUUAACUGAAUUGCUCGCCAGCCAAGAUGUCCCUCUCAAGGUGAACGGUCCUGCGGAUGUCGAAUUGGUGCUCCCCAACACGCUCAGCAUCAGUUUUCAGCACGUUUCUGCUAACCAGUUGCUCCACGUCAUUGAAGAUCGCGUCGCAGCCAGCGCUGGGUCAGCAUGCCACAGUCACGCCACGACUGCCUCGUACGUCUUGCAAGCGAUGCACGUGCCAUUGGAGUUUGCCCUGGGGACGCUGCGAUUGAGUGCUGGGAAAGACACGACGGCGGACGACAUCGAUCGAGCGGCACACGUGAUCGCCCAAGGCAUAGCAACUCUAAUGGAAAAGUAACUAGAGGCCCCACCAGAAUACUGGGCUAGUAUGGAACGGCGCAAGGCAUACGCGUUGGUGCGACCUGACACUCUCGAGUAGCAUGGCGUUUACCGGUGUGCCAACAUUGAGUCUUCUACAUCGGCUUAUCAAUGGGAAUACCAGAGAGACCUCGACG